AGCAGUUGCUUCUUCUACAUUUCUUAUAUAUAUUUUUUUAUAUAUAUACAACCAAACUUUUCUGUAACCAGACAAUUUUUCUCUCUUUCUCUCUUGCACAUAUGCACAAACGCCUGCAGAGAGGCCAUAAGAGAACUUGAAUAUUUCUUGGUGAUUUCUUCUGCAUUUGGUUCUUUUGAAUAUUUCUUGGUGAUUUCUUGGAGGGUCUUGAUUCAAGAAGAAGCUUUACUGCCAUGUCUGAUACCAGUAAAGCACGCUCUCUUGAAGAAACGCCUACAUGGGCUGUUGCUGUGGUGUGCUUUGUGAUGAUUGUUAUUUCAAUCUUGAUUGAGCAUGUGAUUCAUAUGAUAGAAAAGUGGUUUAAGAAGAUACAUAAGCCAGCUCUUGUGGAAGCUCUUGAAAAGAUUAAAGCAGAGCUGAUGCUUAUGGGAUUUAUAUCCUUGCUUCUAACUGCUCUACAAGAUCCCAUCUCUGAAAUUUGCAUUUCACAGAGUGUUGCAUCCACCUGGCAUCCUUGCAAGAGUCAGAAAGAAAGCAAGACAGAAACAGAUUCUACUGAUAAUCGUCGAAGACUUCUUCAGUUCUUAGAUGCUGGAGGAAGCACUAGACGUUAUUUAGCAGGCAAAUCUGAAGAUAAAUGUGCAGAAAAUGGUAAAGUUGCCUUUGUAUCAGCAUAUGGAAUUGAUCAGCUCCAUUAUUUCAUCUUUGUGCUAGCAGUUGUCCAUGUGCUUUACUGCAUAAUUACAUAUAUUUUGGGUAGAACAAAGAUGAGAAAGUGGAAGGCAUGGGAGAGAGAGACAAAGACACUUGAGUACCAAUACCAUAAUGAUCCAGAGAGGUUCAGGUUUGCAAGGGAUACAUCAUUUGGACGAAGACAUCUGAAUCUAUGGAGUCGAUCAACAGUUUUCGUUUGGAUCGUUUGUUUCUUUAGACAAUUCUUUGGAUCAGUCACCAAAAUUGAUUACCUGACAUUGAGACAUGGAUUUAUCAUGGCACAUUUGGCCCCUGGAAGUGAAACAAGAUUUGAUUUCCAGAAAUACAUCAACAGAUCACUUGAAGAUGACUUUAAAGUUGUAGUGGGAAUCAGUCCAGUUAUUUGGUUUAUUGCCUGUUUGUUGCUGCUGACCAGCACACAUGGUUGGUAUGCUUAUCUAUGGUUACCUUUCAUCCCACUAAUUAUAAUUUUGGUGGUUGGGGCUAAGCUGCAAGUGAUCAUAACUCAACUGGGGCUAAGGAUUCAAGAGAGAGGAGAUGUAGUUAAGGGUGCUCCUGUGGUUCAACCAGGAGAUGACCUCUUCUGGUUCGGACGUCCACGCUUUAUUCUCUUCCUUAUUCACUUGGUUCUCUUUCAGAAUGCAUUUCAGCUGGCUUUCUUCGCGUGGAGCGUGUGGAAAAUUGGAACUGACUCUUGUUACCAUGAUCGCACUGAGGAUAUUGUAAUCAAAAUCACAAUGGGGGUCAUCAUACAGUUCCUUUGCAGUUAUGUGACACUGCCUCUAUAUGCUCUAGUGACACAGAUGGGUUCUAGCAUGAGAUCAACAGUCUUUAAUGACAGAGUAGCAGCAGCACUGAAGAACUGGCACCAGGCAGCCAAAAAACAUGCUAAACACAGCAAACAUUCAGCGUCUCAAACACCAAUGUCAAGCAGACCAGCAACUCCAACACACGGCAUGUCGCCUAUCCAUCUCUUGCAUAACUACCGUAGCAGCACUGCUCCUAACAGCUUACAGGCUUCUCCAAGAAACCAUAACUAUAAUGUAGACAAUUGGGACCCUGAAGCACUAAGUUCUGUACACAAUCAGGAGGCUGAUGAGCUUGAACACAUUGAAAGUCCUGAUAUUAGGGAUCAUGAUAUAGAAGUUGAAGAGCAAAACUCAAACUCAAUAAUGCAAUUGCCUCCAGCACCAGGUUCCAUCCGUACACAACAUGAACUUGGUGUCAGCUUAAGAGAGUUCACGUUCAGGAAAUGAUAAAGCAAAGAAUGCAUCUUGUACAUUAGAACACAAGAAACUGAGACUGCAGAGCCUGCCUGCUCACUGCUCAGCAAUGAAGGCCAGGAUGGUUUUUAUUAUUUUCAAAUGGGAUAUUUUCUCAAGUAGAGUGAUGCUGAUGCCUGCAUUUUUUUUUCCUGUUUUUUUAGACAAUAUGUUGUAUUUAUUUUACUUGUAAAGUACUUUUAAAGUACUCCUUUUUUUGUUUUUAAAUAUUUUUUCAAGAAUUAGGAAGUUC